CAUUGCCGGCCUGGCAUUGCCAUUGCUGGCAUUGGGACCUAGCACCUGUGUAGUACGUACGUGCAAGCGUUCAUUUGAAUCAUUUUCGAUUCUCCUCAGAUUGCAGCUCGUUCGUGAGUUUGGUCGCUUUCCCAGCGCUCAGUUCUAUCUGCUCCCAUUCUCAGCGUGUGUAGCAUUGCUGAGCUCUGUGGCGGCGGCUUCUUCCCGUCGUAAUGCCGGUGUGCUUAACAGCUGUAGUUUAGAAAUAUGUGCUUCAGUGGCUAGGUUCGCACAUUUGAACAGUGGUAUCACAUGGUACCUACUGUGUCUGGAAAGAAAGAAUUAGAAAUUUGGUGUUAGCAGAGGACUACACACUCCCCGCACAAUACAAUAGUAGCACCAGAGUUUCCACUGGUGUUCGGUGCAGUUUGUGCGUGCAGAGGUGUUCGACCACUGAACUGACGGCGGGAGGUUGAACAAGGCUUCAUAUCAAGUAGGUACUCCGUUUCACUUCACAAGAGGUUUGUGCUCCGCUGUGUAACACUCAAUCAUCAUGAGUUAUCGUCCUCCGACCGGGAGUCGUAAGCCCCCGGGUACAGCUGGUCGGGGUCGACUGGGCAUGGGUUCCCGGGCAGGACCUGGUACACGGGCAGGCGGUGGCGAGGCGGGGCAGAUAGCCAACGCCAUUGCGUCGCAGCUGCACGUUUCCGAGCGGCCGAUUACACAGCACGGCGUCGCUGGUAUGAAGACUGGGGUGAGAGGACCGGAGAGAGGAGUGUACGACAAGUCAUACUACCUCGGUAUGCUACGCAACAAGAUCACUGAACUACGCCAGGAGACUAGGAAAAUGCAAGCCGAUGUUGACGCCCACAACACCGACCAGUCGACAUACAUGGCAGCUACAAAGCAAGCAGAGCAGAUCGCCAUCGAGCUGAGAGAGGAACAGGGCGCACUCACUGACUUUAACCUGAUCGUGGAGGUGCUCAACACAACCUCCGAUAUGAGCGAUAUCGGUCGACAGACGUCCAUGCUCAAGGCCAACAAUGACCGGGAGGCUAUGGAGCUGGAGUCUUUGUUCUUUGAGAAGUCGCGCAAAGAGCAACAGAUAUCGGAACUCGAACACGAGAUAGAAGUGGAGAAAACAACGGCACACAACAUUGUCAGCUCUAUGAGUGAAGAAAUGAGAGACACGUAUCAAAGCUUGCAGAGAACCAACAAGAAACAGAUGGAACUGCUUGAACAGCAACAACGUGAAGUCGAUGACCUACAUACUGCCAUUGCAGUUCUCAAUGAAGAGCUGGAUCAGUACCCACAGAAGAGAAGGGCAGCCAAGUUACACCAGCAAAUUAUCGAGGCGGAGACAGCCAAAAGAGCGGCAACACAAGAGCUUGAACAAUCCGUCAAAGAAUCACCGGAUGAAGAGAGAGUGCGCCUAUUGGAACAGGUACGCACAGAUAACCGAGAACUCGCAGGAAUGGAGAAACUCGUGUCCGAACUGGAGGAGAAGACAUUUGUCCUGCAGGAGGAAUUGCAGGAGAUUGAUAGUCAGUUUGACGAAGAGCUGGAUGCCAAGCUGGCGCAAUACAAGAAAGUUCAAGCUCAACAAGCCAAGAUAGCUAGUUACCUGAGUGCAUAUCCAGGUAAGUAUGAUGGAGAGAAAGAGAGAGGAGAAGAACUCGACGCCAACAUCAGUGUAAAACUGGACACGUCGUCACGCCUGAUUGGCUCUAUUGUCGCCCCGGCAACAGAGGAAGACUUGAAGGGACUGCAGGAUGAUCUGUCUUUCAAGGUGGAUGCUUUGAUGAAAUCCGGGGCCACGGCUGAGGACUUGGAGACGCAGCACGAAAAUCUCAAGUCUAACAUUGCCCGCUUCAGCGCUACCGAAGCAAAGCUGCAGAAAGAGAGAAUGUCAUUGGACACAAAGAUAUCGCAGAUGACUUCGGAACUGGAGCUUAUUGAGGACAUAGCAGGAUUAAGAGAAGGUGCCAAGAAGAGAGGUGGAACGCUCACUCAGGAAAAGAACCAUCUCGACCAAGCCGUACAUCAACACCGUGUGCAGAUUGAUAAGCUGAGUAAGGAUGUGGAUCAGUUCCGUCUCAAACUGGAGCAAAACGACACGAACAAACAGAUUCGCAGCUGGGAGAGAGUCUGGCAGCAGAAAGAGUCCAAUAUCUACACGAUGGAGGAAUUCAUCAAAGCGCGUACGAGUGAGACAAACUUUGAGCCGUUGCAAGUCGGUGUAAGGAACAUGCUGGAUGAGCAUAACGCCGACAUCACAUCAGCCAUACAAAGCCAGAUCAGUGCUUCCAGGAUUAUGAGAGACUAUUGAGUUGCUCAAAAUCCCUUCUUGGAAACAGACUAAGCAUUUCAGUCAAUGUUGCAAAGCACCACGCUAGUAUCGUAGUUGCCUAAUGUUGUGAGCGUUUCUUUCUUGUCUCCUGCCAUAUCCGAGUUAUAAAACCAUGUUUGAUUGCUCUAUCCUAAGGUGGUUGUGAAGGCGGUCGUAACUUCAGGCAUGUGUGCACCCGCGUGUGUGCGUGAGUGGGUGUGUGCGUGUGCAGCUAAUUUGCUUCACACUGUCCACCAGGCCAACUGGUGGAACAUGCGAUUAAUCAGAUAUUGUUUUAUGUCCAACUUGGGCAACCCAGCAGACUCCAGAAUUCAGUGUGUGGUGUGUCUGUGGUCAUUGAUCUCCCCACUGUUGUUGUGUGGGGUGUGUCUGUGGUCAUUGAUCUCCCCAUGGUGUGUCUGUGGUCAUUGAUCUCCCCACUCUUGUUUCCCAGAACAAGCCUCUUACUUUUACCAGUUUUCAUCCUCAGUAUGUCGCUGUGAAUUUGAAAAUAUUCUAAAAAGUACUUGUAGAGUGUACUAGUUACUGUUGAAGUACACACUCAUUCAGUUUAUUAUGUCAUACUGAUGUCAUACUGAUGUCAUACUGAUAACUGAUUACCCUGUUUUAACUAGGCCGUUUUCACUAAAGAAUUACUAUCUUCUGA